UUGUUAUACCACAUGGACUGUUUGGAGGUUGGCAUGUGUAAACUGUAAGGUGUUUGUGUACAGUUGUAUUUAGUUUUAUUUAAUUAAUGUGCAAUUAGUAGUGUAAAUAAUCUAAAUAAAUAAAAGCCAUGAAAAAUUCUAAAGGCUUGAAAGAACUCGAGAUCGAAGAGUUGGAAAAUUACGACGAAAAUGAGACUGAUUCAGAAACCGAGGCACUUCAAGAAGCCUUCGCUGCAGGUGUGUUGAAACCUGGUUUAAAUAUUCCAGUCUCUGACAAAAAGUCUUAUGUCAAUAACGUUGAAGAAUUGAAAAAAAGGCUGACAGAGUUGUACACCGAUUUACCUUGGGUCGAAAGGCUUGACGUAAUUAGCAAGCCUGCUCCAUUGGCACCCGAAUUGUCAGUGCAGCUCGAGGAUUCUGAAAAAGGAGACCCAAUUGCACACGACGAUUUCCAGAGGGAGAGCUUGUUUUACAGAUUAGCGCAACAUGCUGUGCUUUCGGUGCUACCGAGGCUGAAAAAGCUCGGAAUCCCAACACAGAGGCCUGACGAUUAUUUUGCAGAAAUGGCUAAAUCGGAUGACCACAUGCAAAAGGUCAAAUCUAAUUUAAUUAAAAGGAAAGCUGAAGUUGAAAACAUCGAGAAGGUGAGGAGCAUUCGAGCGCAGAAGAAACUCCAAAAGGCAUUGAAUGCUCAAGCUAAAGUUAAUAAAGUCACCGCUAAAAAGGAGCUGAUGGACAUGGUGAAAAAGUUCAGAAAAGGUGAAACAAAGGACUUGUCAUUCCUAGAGAAUAAAGGAAAGAAAGGAAGCCAGACGAUGAACAAGAAAGCACAAAUGAAGAAGAAAUUCAAAGAUUCGAAAUUCGGUUUUGGAGGUAAGAAACGCGAUUCGAAACGUAACACCAGGGAAUCGACUUCAGGUUUCGAUAAAAUGCCCGGGAAAAACACGCCCAGAGGGAAAAAAGCUCCCAACAAAAGGCCAGGAAAAAAUGUUAGAAAGAAAAUGAAAGGA